GGCGCGACGCCGCGCGCUGAGCCGCGGCACGGAGUCGCGGACGACUCGCGCGAGAGACAUGGCCGCGGUCUGAGGAGCCUCGCUCGAGGUAAGGCCCCGAGAGCCGCAGGGCGCGGGAUGAGCUGAGGAGUCGGAGAGAGCGACCUCGAGGGAGACAGAGCGAGAGAGCGGAGGAUGAUGCCGCUGGCGCCGACGCGGAUCGUCCCGGUGCCCGCCAAGCCGAAGAUCGGCUUCAGCAUCGACUCGAUCGUGGGCGGCGGAGGCCGCGAGGACCGGCUGGAGCGGCUCAAGCGAGUGGUUCUGGUGCGCGAGGGGGUCAGCCCGCCGAACGCGGCCGAGGGCCCGUCCUCGCCGCGGGCGCGCCAAGCCGCGGCCUCGCCCGCCGCGCCCUCGGAGGGCUCGGACCGGCCCGGCUCGCGCGGCUCCUCCGUCGAGUCCUACCCCGCGCGGCCAAGGGCGGCCGAGCCGCUGGCCCGCCGCCUGGACUUCGGCCGCAGCGGGGGGUCCACCCCCGACGACAGCCCCAGUCCCCCCCACGGACUGGCCCCCGCGGACGCGUCGCCGAUCGGCGCGGCGCUGCCGCCGCCUCCGCCCCCGCCGCCCGCCGUCGUCAGGCCCAGCCCCAACUACCUGGGGCCCUUCCCCGGAAGCGCCGCCGCCAGCGUCGCCGCCGAGCAGCUCAAGUCCCUCUACGGCCUCCCGGGGCCGCAGCCCGGACAGAACGAGUACCACGCCCAGCUGGCCCUGGCGACGAUCCAGCACUUCCAGGCGGCCGCGCUGCAGGCCCAGCACGCGCCCCACGGCCCCCACGGCCCCCACGGGCCCCCCGGCCCUCCCCACUACCCCCAUGGCGGGCCCCUCGCUGGACCCCAUCCCCCGCCGCAUCCGCAUCAACAGCCUCGCGACAGCUAUCAACUCUACCCCUGGCUCCUCUCCAGGCACGGCAGGAUCUUCUCCAACCGGUACACCGCAGGCGCGGACAUCUCGGGGUUCCUGCUGCAGCCCUUCAGGAAGCCCAAGAGAAUAAGGACGGCCUUCAGUCCGAGUCAAUUGUUGAAGCUGGAGCACGCCUUCGAGAAGAAUCAUUACGUCGUGGGCGCCGAGAGGAAGCAACUGGCCAACGCGUUGUCGCUCACGGAAACCCAGGUGAAGGUGUGGUUCCAGAACCGGCGGACGAAGCACAAACGGAUGCAGCAGGAGGAGGAGGCCAAGGCGCAACAGCAGUCCGGGAACGCGAACAACAACGCCGGGAACAAGAACACCCACCACGUGAGCAAGUGGCAGCAGGAGACCGGGGACUACCACCACGAAGAGGAGGAGGAGCACAUAGACCCGGAGGCGGAAGAGUGUCCGAGCGGGUCCGAGGCGUAGCCGGAAGUCGGAGUCCAGGACGGCGGAUUCCACUCGUCGUCGAGAUUCUCGAGAUUCUCGAGUCCCGAGGAAGGCUCACCUCGCGAGAUUAGUUCCUAGAGAGACCUCCAGCGGGCCAGGCCCUCGACGAGGGCCUCCGGAAGUCGAGGCUCUCCCGUCCCUACUCGAGGAAUCGCGCGAGGAAUUGAAAAAAGGGCCCGACGAGGGAGACGCGGGGGACGUCGCAGACGCCGAUGCGGCGACGACGACGGAACGAGUCCCCCGGGAGGAAGCGGGAGGAGGACCCUGACGAUCGUUCGGGGAGAACGACGGAGAAAAAUAGGAAGCGGAAGGAGCGGGACGACGGAGACAAAGGGGAGACGGGGAGAGCUUCUCCCGAUCCCAGGGAACGACGGCCGGGAAGUCGCUCUCAUCGGAAGCCGCGUAAUGGAGGCAUUGUCCGUCAAAGAUGGCGGACGCGCCGCUAAAUGGGCCCGCUUCCGGCGGAAACGGCCGGGAAGUCGGAAAGACCGACCGUGAGAGAGAUACACCGACUCGCCCGGAAGGGAGACUCGAGGUUCCCGAAACCGCGGGCCGGCGACUCCGCGCGGUGCAUCCGCCCUCCCGGUCGCUCUUGGACGCGGACGCGUAUCUUGCCAUUAAUAGCUCGCCAUUGGAACCGAUCAGUGCCCGAGUGCGGGGUGGGGUGUAAAUAGACGCGCGGGGCCCGGUCCCCCCGGGGCCCCACGUCGGGCCCCGAAACGUCGCGAAUGUACAUAUUCCAGUGCCGAGCGCGGACCCUACGGCACGGGGGGAACAGUCAGUGCCAAACCUGAUACUUUACGAGCCCAGUGUAACGAGUUUAUGUAUUUACCGAUUAAGUUGCGUCCUUAUCAAAGAGCAGUAUUCUUUACCGAUCGAUGUGUCCGAGUUGUACCGAAUUAAAUUAUUGACCGCUCCGGCCGAAUGAUGGAGGAGGGAUUAAGGGAGGAGAAGAGCCCGCGGCGGCCGGGCCCGAUCGGGCCCGAUCGAGGAUCGGCUCCGUCGCGGCGCUCGCCCUGUAAAUAACUCUGUAAAUAGGAAAUGUGAUUUCACCUCGGGUCGAGCACGCCGAGGAAAGUAUAUCCGUGCGACGGCCGAGAGUUUCGGUUCCAGCGAUCCUAGC